AUGAAUGUCUCUCAAGCUCCUUGCACUAAGGAAGGCUGGUUGAUCAUCCAAAAGCGGAUUAACGGAGACGUGGACUUUAAUCGGACCUGGGAGGCUUACAAGAAUGGAUUUGGGGACAUACAUGGAGAGUUUUUCAUUGGCCUGGAAAAGCUGCACCUCAUAACCCAAGCUAAAACCUAUGAACUUCAUAUUCAGCUGGGAGAUAUAAAUGGAACUACUAGCUACGCUCACUACAAUGAUUUUGAAAUUGGCAGCGAAAAGGAAGCUUAUUAUCUAAAAUCGAUUGGAAAUUAUUCAGGAACAGCCGGAGAUUCGCUAGAUCAUCACAAGCGAAUGAAGUUCACUACUUUUGAUAGGGAUAAUGAUAUUGAUUCGGGAAAUUGUGCAGCAGACGCUAAUGGUGGUUGGUGGUUUAAAAACUGUGCAUACAGGUAA